UUUAUUUUUUUAAGAAUCAUGGUCAAAGUUAGUGUUAUAGGUGCAGGAAUAAAUGGAAUAGCUUGUGCACUUCGGAUCAAAGAAACAUACCCGAAUUUUGAGGUGGUAGUGUUAUCAGAAGAGUUCAGUCCGGACACGACUGGGGAUGGAUCUGGAGGUCUCUGGUAUCCUUAUUGCUGUGGGAAUACUCCAGGGUAUCUUCUUGGUAAAUGGGGCGGCGAAACUUACAAGUUCCUACACUCUUGCUGGCUCGAAGGUGGUUACAACGUAACUAUCGGGCCGGUCUACUCCCUGAGUAAAGAACAUAACAAAGAAACCAUGGCGUGGGCCUCGACAGUCUUCGGAUUCCGGUACCUAGAGCCACGGCAGUUGGAGUACCUGAGCCGAUUGUACUCUGAGGACUACGCUUCUGGCCACAUGUUCACAACCUUCAUCGUCCACACAACCUCUAUGCUGUCGUACCUGUACUCGCGCUUCGCCCGCGCCGGCGGUGAGCUGAAGCGGGCCAAGGUGACUUCCUUACGGGACCCCGUCCUUGGAGACUACGACGUUGUGGUCAACUGUACUGGUCUUGGAGCGAGAGAUUUGGUCUCCGAUUCCGGGGUGUUCCCGGUUAGGGGACAGGUCAUAAGGGUUGAUGCUCCGUGGCAGAACGACACAGUCUUGGACAAAAGCUCUGGACACUACAUAAUACCGAACGCCGAGACGGUGGUGUUAGGCGGCACGCAACAAGAACACGAUUUCAAUACGGGAACAGAUCCAAAUGAUACAGAGUUCAUUCUUAAUGGAUGUUGCUCAAGGAUUCCCACGAUGAAGGCGGCUAAAGUGGUAAAACACUGGACAGGUCUGCGACCCGGGCGAGACCAGGUCAGGUUGGAGUUAGAAAUUGUGGAUGGAAGACUGGCCAUACACAACUACGGGCACGGUGGGAGUGGCGUUACGUUGUUCUGGGGGUGCGCAAGCAACGUCCUAGAUUUGCUGCAGGCAAAUUUGAACCAAAUAGACAGACCCGUAAAGUCCAAGUUAUAAUAAAGGUACAGAAGGCAGUGCUAACCUAGCUGAGAUAUAUUUGUAUAAUGCGUUGUUUUUUUUUGUAUUUACGUUGUCAUUGUAUGUGCAAAGUUUCAUUACAAUCCAACAGGUAGUUUUAAAAUGAGAACGAAACUCCGUUUGUAUGGGAAGGUGAUAUUCGGCCGAGCUUGCUGCGGACUCUAAAGAAAAAGUAGGUGAUACAGUGGACAAAAUCGCUGCAGGUGAAUGUAGUCCCAAUAAACAACAGUUUAAAGUCGAAAUUUUAAUAACAAUAGGAAUCUUACAAAAAUAUUUUUAUAAAUUCAAUUACAUAUAUUACAUAAGAUCUUAAAAUACAUCUAAAUAUUUUAUUUUUUGGUGUAAAAUGUUACUGUAUACCUAUAAUACCACUAAAUUGAUACUUAGUUUGGUAAUCAUUUACAGUAAGCACCAUCACAGACAAUAAUUAAAUCUUAUUGCAAAGAUGGGUGAAUCAACUUUUUCUUCUCACUCGUUGCCAUGAUUACGUUCCCCUGGGUCACUUUUUAAAACCUGAUUUUUAGGCAUUUAAAUUCAUCAAACAUUCUUUUUGUGGUAGUUAUAAACCCUUUCCAUAAAGGGUCAUCAACCAAGCGUGUCAAAAGAAGGUGGCGUACAAUGUCUUCUAACAAACUAUGCUACGAUUGUCUCUUGGCUGACCGGACAGAAUAACGUCAAGAAAUAGUUGAUCUACCCAGAUAAUUAAUAUAAUAAUAUUCAUCUACUUAUGUUUUUUCCUAUGUACCUAUAGGUACCCUACCUUAUUUUUUAUAUUCCAGAAAUGCAUAUGUAUAUGAAAAUAAUUAUAUUGAUUUAUUUAAUUUGUCCGACCGAUCUGUAAUCUUAGUACAAAAUUGAUACAAAACCAGGACAAAUAGGUAGUAAAGUAUGGAGGCUAUUAAGCACGAAGUAUUUCGUACAAUGACUCGCCAUUUCCUAUCUCUAUCGCACGUGCACAAUUAUGUUGGUUUCCCGCUCGCGCAGUGGCAUUGACCGCCGGCACAUAGGAACAGGCGGGUCUAUGUACUAAAUUCUUGUUGCUUAGUGUUCUUACUUUACCUGAAUUGGCCAAUCAAACUGUCACUUUAGGGCCGGUACAGAUGGACUGCAACUUGUAUGAGAACUGCACGCCAACUGCAACGUCGGCGUGAAGUUCCCAUACAAAUUGCAGUCGGGACGCAGUCCGUCUGUCUGAAGCGGCCCUUAGUAUGUGAAAUAUAAAUACACAGCUUAUAGUCGUAUAGAUCUUACACUAAUUGAGAAAGACUUGAAUGAUUGAAUAAAUACGAAGUGU